UUGUGCUUUUUUCAGUGGUCCAUCUACCUUGAAGGAUUUAAAAAAAAGAUGUUCACUAUCUGAUUAUCCUAUAUUUUCACAAAGUAUAAAAUAAGUCAGAAUGAAUUUAUAUUGUUCCAGGAAGAAUUUUUUAGGUUUUAUGUGUAAGGAUUGAGAGACAAUAGGUUUUCUAUGGAGUUUUUCCCAGCAGAUUGAAACCCUAGAUCUCCUAACUGGAAAUCUUUCAUAUUUCUCCCAAGUUUUGCAGUUUUCUGAUUUUUUAGUUUCCUUGAUUUAUUCUGGGUACUUCAUUAUGAUCUUUCACAUCUGAACAUUUUUACAGCUUGGCAAUUCUACCACUAAGUGGUAUGAGUUUUAUCUACUAGAUUUUCUUUCCAUGUAUAUUGUUUUAGAUCUUUCCCUAAAAGACCAGUUUUCACUGAGAUUUGAUUGACCCAGGUAAAUUAAGUCCUGUUCCUUGUUGCUUAAGGAUGCUGUUAAAAAAGAAAAGAAAAAGAAAAUCUGUUCCAAGUAAAAAAAUUAUUUCUUUUUAUAUUUGGAAGAUGUCCUAUAGCUCUGACCAUAUAGGCUUCUGUAAUAGAGAUGAAGAAGUUUAUUUUUACUGAAGCCAAGUAUAUGUUUGUUGCAUAUAGUUUCCAAACCUUGGUGAAGUAAGGCUGUUUGGAUGAUAUUUGAGUAACUUGCUUCAUUCCAAUCAGGAAAACUAAAGAACUAGCUUGUGUCAGGCCUAGUUUAUUAUAUUACAUAACAAUCCUUAUAUAUUUGUCCUCUUUUCCACUUUAGUGCAGCCAGUAUUGUUUCAAGCUCUUUAUGCUUCUUCCUUAGCCUAUUGCUAUACCAUCUCUUAAACUUUAUAUAACUAUAUCAGUACAACUAUUAUAAAUUGCUUAUAAUUGCAAAAAUAAUCUUAUUGAGAUAAACUUCUGACAAUGUUAGUGUAUUACUCAAGAAUUAUUCAGGGGUUCCCUAUUCCUUAAAAUAAACUACAAAUUCCUUAAUAUGAUAUUUGAGGCUUUCCAUAAUCUGAUUCCAAUUUACCUGUUCAACCUUAUUUCACAUUUCUUUUCUCACAUUCUCCAUUCCACCUAAUUAAAAUUUAAGGAAUAACUUAUCAUUUGUUCAGAAUAUUAAGUAUUCCUUAUAUUCUUUUUAAAUUUCUGGCUCUUUGAAAACUUUGUAUUCCUUCAAGAUUCUGGUCAAGUGCCUGUUCUCCUUUGAGGCUUUUUGAUCCCUCCAUCCAUCUAUUCCUUCCCUUUCCCCUUUAAUUCUCUCCUUUUUUUCUCAUUUCUCAAAUUACCUUUGUAUAUUUCUCUCUAUGGGACAUAGCCAAGAUGGUGGAGAGUAGACAGGAUGUUGCCUGUGCUUUCCACAGCUUCUUUCAGAAUCAACACUAGAUCAAACUUCUGAAUGGAUUUUGUACUGACAGAACCCACAACUAUUUGGAGUACAAUAAUUUUCCAGCUUGAGAUAUCUUGGAAGGACUUCAGGAAAGGAAUACACCUCAACCUUUAAAAAUGAGCAAAAUAAGCAACAACAGUUCUAGAGAAUUACUAUGGAGAUAGGGAAGACCAGAACAUAAACCCAGAAGAAAACAGCAAAAGCAAAAUACCUUCAGAAGAAGCCUUAAAGGGAGAUAUGAACUGGUUUCCAGUACAAAAGACUCAGCUGGAAGAACUCAAAAGGGAUCUUAAAAGAGAAAGAAAAGAAAAAUGGGGAAAGAAAUGAGAGCUUUGGAGGAGUUAUGAAAGCUUUUUGGGAAAAGCCAACACCUUUGAAAAGGAAGGUCAGAAAUUGACUGAAGAAAACAACUCCUUAAAAAAUAGAAUUGACGAAAUGAAAAAAAAAAUCUACUGAACAAAAUAGCCCUUUUAAAAGUACAAUAGGCCAAAUAUAAAAGGAAGUAAAGCUAACUAAAGAAAAUAAUUCACUGAAAAUUUGAAUUGGACAAAUGGAAGUGAAUGAGAAAUCAAGAAUCAGUUAAGCAAACUUAAAAAUUUGAAAAAAAAAAAAAAGAAAAUGUAUGUUAAUCUCAUUGGAAAAACUAUUGACCAGGAAAAAUAGAUUCAAGAGAGAGAAUCUAAGAAUUAUUGGACUACCUGAAAGUCACUAUGAAAAAAAAAACGAGCCUGAAAAAUAUCUUUUAAGAAAUCAUCAAGGAAAAACUGCUCUGAUAGCUUAGAACCAGAGGGUAAAAUAGUCAUUGAAAAAAUUCACUGAUCACCUCCUGAAAGAGACUCCAAAAUGAAAACUCCAAGGAAUAUUGUAACUAAACUCCAGAACUGUCAGAUCAAGGAGAAAAUUGCAAGCAGCCAGAAAGAAACAAUUCAAAUAUCAAGGAACCACAAUCAAGAUUACCCAAGACCUAGUAGAUUCCCCAUUAAAGGAUUGGAGGGCCUGGAAGGCAAAGGAGCUUAAUCUACAAGCAAAAAGCAAAAUCAACUACCCAGCAAAAUAAAACAUUUUUCAGGGGAAAAGAUGAAUAUUCAGUGAAAAAGGAAAAUUUCUCUUAUUUCUGAUGGAAAAGACCAGAACUGAACAGAAUAUUUGAUCUCCAAACAAAGACUCAAGCAUAAAAAAGUGUUUGUAGUUUUGCUGCUGGACUCUUCCCUCCCUUCCCCCACCCCAUCAGGAUGAUAUGAGAGUUGAAAGAAGACGAUGCAUACAGGAGAGACUUCAGCAUGCAAACCUUCAUCUGUUCGCCUUGCACCAUCAUUUUCAUUCCAUGCCGCUGGUCUUCAGAUGGCUGGACAAAUGCCCCAUUCACAUCAGCAGUACAGUGACCGUCGUCAGCCAAACAUAAGUGACCAACAGGUUUCUGCCUUAUCUUAUACUGACCAGAUUCAGCAGCCUCUAACUAACCAGGUGAUACCUGAUAUUGUCAUGUUACAGAGACGGAUGCCCCAAACCUUCCGUGAUCCAGCAACUGCUCCUUUGAGGAAACUCUCUGUUGACUUGAUCAAAACAUACAAACAUAUUAAUGAGGUUUACUAUGCAAAAAAGAAGCGAAGACAUCAACAGGGCCAAGGAGAUGAUUCUAGUCAUAAGAAGGAACGGAAAGUUUACAAUGAUGGCUACGAUGAUGAUAACUAUGAUUAUAUUGUAAAAAAUGGGGAAAAGUGGAUGGAUCGUUAUGAAAUUGACUCUUUAAUAGGAAAGGGUUCCUUUGGACAGGUUGUAAAGGCAUAUGAUCGUGUGGAGCAGGAGUGGGUUGCCAUUAAAAUUAUUAAGAACAAGAAGGCUUUUUUAAAUCAAGCCCAAAUUGAAGUGCGACUUCUUGAGCUUAUGAACAAACAUGACACUGAAAUGAAAUAUUACAUAGUGCAUUUGAAACGCCACUUUAUGUUCCGAAACCAUCUCUGCUUAGUUUUUGAAAUGUUGUCUUAUAAUCUUUAUGACUUGUUAAGAAACACAAAUUUUCGAGGUGUCUCUUUGAACCUAACACGAAAAUUUGCACAACAGAUGUGCACUGCACUGCUUUUCCUUGCAACUCCAGAACUUAGUAUCAUUCACUGUGACCUCAAACCUGAGAAUAUUCUUCUCUGUAACCCUAAACGCAGCGCUAUCAAGAUUGUUGACUUUGGAAGUUCUUGUCAACUGGGACAGAGGAUAUACCAGUAUAUCCAGAGUCGCUUUUAUCGCUCUCCAGAGGUACUACUGGGAAUGCCUUAUGAUCUUGCUAUUGACAUGUGGUCCCUUGGGUGUAUUUUAGUUGAAAUGCACACUGGAGAACCUCUUUUCAGUGGAGCCAAUGAGGUGGAUCAGAUGAAUAAAAUAGUGGAAGUUCUAGGAAUAGCACCUGCACAUAUUCUUGACCAAGCACCCAAAGCAAGAAAGUUCUUUGAGAAGUUGCCAGAUGGCACUUGGAACUUAAAGAAGACCAAAGAUGGAAAAAGGGAGUAUAAACCACCAGGAACCCGCAAACUUCAUAAUAUUCUUGGAGUAGAAACAGGAGGACCUGGGGGACGUCGUGCUGGGGAAUCUGGACAUACUGUAGCGGACUACUUGAAGUUCAAAGACCUCAUCUUAAGGAUGCUCGAUUAUGACCCUAAGACUAGAAUUCAACCAUAUUAUGCCCUGCAGCAUAGCUUUUUUAAGAAAACAGCAGAUGAAGGUACAAAUACAAGUAACAGUGUCUCUACAAGUCCUGCUAUGGAGCAGUCACAGUCUUCAGGAACCACCUCUAGUACAUCUUCAAGCUCAGGUGGAUCUUCAGGGACAAGCAACAGUGGAAGGGCCCGGUCAGAUCCAACACAUCAGCAUCGGCAUAGUGGUGGUCACUUUACAGCUGCUGUCCAAGCAAUGGACUGUGAAACACACAGUCCUCAGGUGCGCCAGCAAUUUCCAGCUCCUCUUGGUUGGUCAGGCACUGAAGCGCCUACACAAGUCACUGUUGAAACUCAUCCAGUUCAAGAAACAGCGUUCCAUGUAGCUCCUCAACAGAAUGCAUUACAUCAUCAUCAUGGAAACAGCUCCCAUCAUCAUCACCACCACCACCACCAUCACCAUCAUCAUGGACAACAAGCCUUGGGUAACCGGACCAGGCCAAGGGUCUACAAUUCUCCAACAAACAGCUCCUCCACCCAAGAUUCUAUGGAAGUUGGCCAUAGUCACCACUCCAUGACAUCCCUGUCUUCCUCAACUACUUCUUCCUCUACAUCUUCCUCCUCUACUGGUAACCAAGGUAAUCAAGCCUACCAGAAUCGCCCAGUGGUUGCUAAUACCUUGGACUUUGGACAGAAUGGAGCCAUGGAUGUUAAUUUAACAGUCUACUCCAAUCCCCGCCAGGAGACUGGCAUAACUGGACAUCCAGCAUACCAAUUUUCUGCCAAUACAGGUCCUACACAUUACAUGACUGAAGGACAUCUGGCUAUGAGGCAAGGAAUUGAUAGAGAAGAAUCUCCUAUGACGGGAGUUUGUGUUCAACAAAGUCCUGUGGCUAGCUCGUGACUAAAUUGAAACUUGUUUGUUUCUUGUGUGUUUUUAUAGAAGUGGUGUUUUUUUCCAAAAACAAGUGCAAAGCUGCUUGAAUCAGAAGGAGUUUAACACACUGAACCGCUACAAGAGGGCAAAGCUGACUAUUUUUUUAAACUUGAAAAGAUUGCAAAGGGACAGUGAAGUGUUUUUUUUUUUUUUUUUUUAAAGAGCCAUGUCUAAACCCAUCUUAAUGGAUAUCUCAGAGGUGUUACCUCAUCUUUUGCCUCCCCCAUUUUAACUUGCCACAUCUCAAUCAUAGUGUUUUUGUCUUUCUAUUCUACAAAAGUUAAUGUUCAGAUGUUGGUCUUAGUCAUUUGCCAACUAAUUUUAAAAUAAAAAGUCACUGCAUAUAAUUUACAAAAAGGGCCCCAUGAGGGUUUUUUUGGGUGGGGGGUGGGGUUAUUUGGGUUUUUUAAACCUCCAAACACACAUGGGCACAGAUAUGCAGUACUGUAAGGAAGAGGGACCUUCAGAUUACACAAAAUAUAUUCAGCUCUACAAAGGGACAGUUGUAUUGGAGUUUUUUAGGCACAUUAAGCAUGCUAAGUGGCGGUGAUCAGAAUUCUCCUUUUCUGAACCUACUGAGGAUCAAAGCAGCAAUUAUAAUGGGAUUCUGUGUCUCAUUUUAUAGACCAGAGUCAGAUAGUAUUUGGAACAUGGCUGGCCUCAUAACUAAGGUGCACUGAGAAGCAAUCAACGGGUCAGUUCUGGCCAGUCCUGGGGAGGUCUAAUUGGUGGUCUUUGGGAUAACCUUUGGCCUUAUGGAUUUGGACUCUAAGUUAGAAGAGCCUACCAUUUCAAAUGCAAUCACUAUUGGACAUGCUUUUGCAGACAGUCCUUAAUGCUGAAAACACAGAGAAUGGGUAAUUCAAGAGGCCUUUCUUUUAAAAUAGACUUUUGUGACCCACUAAUUGUAAGGUAUUGCAAGGUCACUUUGUGUCAUAAAGUUGACUUCCUUAUUGGUUGAAGGUCACAGAAGUAGUGGUUUGCGUUUGAUGGAAAUAGCUACAGCUGUGUCCCUUCCUGCUUUUUACUUUUUCUUUUGCUUUUUCUCGGCACGUGGUAUCUCCACCAUUACUUCUGCACAAAGAUGUCUUCUGUUCAUCCUGAACAUUUUAAAAAAUGCAGAAUUUUAUGUGACUGCUUUUUUUGCCUCACAAUUAUGCUGUGAAUUUUACAAAAAUUUAUUUUCUUUUUUUGAUAAUUUAUUGUACCAAAGCUGUUUUUAUAGCACAUAGAUGUCUGUAACCAAUAAUGUAGCAGUUCUGCACUUUGACACAAGGUGUAACUAGACCAUUUUUAAAUGUCAGUUGAAAAUUAUGGCUGUACUAUUGCUUAAACAAAACUGGAACUGUUGUUGAAUUCAUAGCCAAUACAUUUAUAACGAUCUGUGUACUGAACAUAAUAGAUUGACAUCUAAUUCAAGACUUAUAACAUCUGUUAACAUUAUAAAUGUCUUCAGGCUUCUGAAGGGAAAAGGGACACAAGAUCUAGAAGCUAUGAAACCAGCAGUAGUUUCUUGUAUUCCUGAUUAACAUUCUUGUAAACUUGAAAGUUAAGACCUUGAUUGCACCAACAGGUCCCAAAGUGUUACGAUGAGUGAAGCAAAAAGCUCAUGUUUGUCCUGAAGUUAACAGGCUGUAUUUAACAGGUGCCUAGUUUGAGGUUAUGCUGCCUUAAUGUAACACAGUCUGGCAGUUGCUAAAUUUGUGUUCCCACUUAAAAUUGACCAAUAUUUCUGAGUGGUCGAGUUGUGAGAAUGAAGACAUUAUUUAUUUGUCCAGGAUUUAAAAAAAAAAAGCCUAGAAAAGAAGCAGUAAUCUACCUCUGCCAAUAAACCCUGUUAAAAAUAACUUAGCAGAACAGCAUAUACUUUUUAUCAGUCGUUUCCAUGUGGCUGACAUGGUCAAUUUUUUUUCUGAACAAAACAGGUUUUUAUAUAUAAGACCUUGAAAAGAGGAGGCCCAAUAUGUGUAAAUGUGAAUGGAUACUUGGAAAUAUCAGUUUUAUAAAACUUUUUUUUUAAUCGAAGGAUCCUUAUUUAUUUUGUAUUAAAAUAUCAAGCCUGUGGGUGACAAUUUUUGAACUCAACAGUUCACAGAAGUUUACAAUGAAUGAAAGGUUGUCAUCUUGAGUAUAGCAAUAUUUAAAAAAAAGAAUCCAAUAGUUACUGCUGUCUUGGUAUAUAAAGUUAAGAUAUUUUAUGGGUCAGGUCAUUUUUUUUUUUUUUUUCUGUGCUGGUUGCCACAUCUUAGGAAGCACCAAAAAUUAAAGCAGUUUUGAAACCAAUAUUUACAUAAAAACCAUAAAAUCCAAUGCUUCUGCAUACUGUGUUAUGUUACAGUCCAGUUUUGUGUGCUUUACUACACAGUUUGGUUACAGGACUAAUGUGCAUUGUAAACAUAAACAGCAUGGAAAAGGUUAAAUACCUGUGUUCAGAUUGUAAGAUCUAGUCCAGACUUGCUGUGUAUAUUGUAACGUUAAAUGAAAAAAGAAACGCCCUUUGUAUUAUAGUCAUGCAGUCUUAUGUAUGAUAAACAGUUGAAUAAUUUGUCCUCAGA